CCCCCCCCCGUGGCGGGGGGGGCCGCUCUGGCUCCGCUCCGCUCCUCGCGACCCUACAAAAACCACCGCUUAGAGGGUGCUAUUCUACGAAGGACGCGGCCCCUUUAAGGGGGGGGGGGAACGCCGGGCGGUCGCCAUGGCGACGCGGAGGCGUCAGGCGGAGGGGGCGGGGCGCGGCCCGGCGCAGGCGCAGUGCGGCGCCGUGAAGCCGCCGGGGGCGGGGCGGCGGGCGGGGGAGCCAAGAUGGCGGCGGGCGCUGCGGGAGUUGUUGCCAUGGCGGCCCGCGGGAGGCCCCCCGCAGACGGGACGCUCCGGCCGGCCGCGCGCCUCGGGGGGCCGUGAGAGGUGGGUGCCCCCCCCCCCCCCUCCCCGGGGGGGCGCCCCGGCUCGGCCCCAGCGCCCUCCGUCUCCCCCCCAGGCUCCUCCCGACGAUGCCCCAGGCCUCGGAGCACCGCCUGGGCCGGGCCCGCGACCCCUCCGGCGGCGUCACCGCGCAGCCCAAAGCCGUCCCCAAGCCGCCCGGCCGCGCCGUCAGCCAGGAGCGCCACGCGGCCGCCCUGAGCUCCGCCGCCAACGGCCUCUCGCCGGCCCCCAAACUUCGCCUGCUGCCCCCCCGGCCGGCCCCGCUGGAGGAACGGGGCAAGAAGCUGGAGCUGGAGCGGGGCCGGGCGGCCAAGCGGGGCUCGGCGUGCCGCCGGGGGCCCCUCAAAGCGGACCACGGGGUGCGGGUGCCCGGCUCCCCGCAGGCGGGCGCGGGGCCCGGCGGCGCCUCCUCCUCCUCCUCCUCCUCCUCCUCGCCCUUCGCGCUGCCCGCCGGGGCCGAGCGGCGCCGCGGCAACCUGGCCCGCUCCAAAUCCGUCAGCAUCGGGGACCUGAGCGGCGAGGACGUGGCGGCGGCGCUGAGCCGCCUGGCGCUGCGGGACGGCGGGCACCAGCUCGGCACCGGCGCGCUGGCCCUCAAGAGGAGCUCGUCCCUGCGCAGGGUCAACGUCGGCCCCGGGCCGGACGGCAAGCCCGCCGCCCCGCUGCUCUCCGUGCGCCACGAGGGCUGCCCCCGGACUCGUGUCCCCGACCCCCCCUACGCCCACGGCCCCGACGGCCCCGCGCCCGGCAGCCCCCCGCUGGGCAGGGCCCCGGCGCCCGGCAGGCCCGAGGAGAAGGCGGCAGCUACGCACCACGCGCUGCUGCUGGGCUCCGGCCACGUCGGGCUCAGGAAUCUGGGCAACACGUGCUUCAUGAACGCGGUGCUGCAGUGCCUGAGCAGCACCAAGCCGCUGCGCGACUACUGCCUGCGCAAGGACUUCCUGCAGGAGCAGCCCGCCGGGCCCCGCGCCCCCCAGGAGCUCACCGAGGCCUUCGCCGAUGUCAUCGCGGCGCUGUGGCACCCCGAGUCCACCGAGGCCGUCAACCCCGGGCGCUUCAAGGCCGUCUUUCAGAAAUACGUCCCCUCCUUCACCGGCUACAGCCAGCAGGACGCGCAGGAGUUCCUCAAGUUCUUCAUGGACCGGCUGCACGCCGAGAUCAACCGCAAGGGCCGCAGGACGCCCAGCAUCCUUGCGGACACGCGCCGCGCCCCCGCGCCCGAGGACGCCGACACGCUGAGCGACGACGAGCGCGCCAACCUGAUGUGGAAGCGGUACCUGGAGAGGGAGGACAGCAAGAUCGUGGACCUCUUCGUGGGGCAGCUGAAGAGCUGCCUCAAGUGCCAGGCGUGCGGCUACCGCUCCACCACCUUCGAGGUCUUCUGCGACCUCUCCCUGCCCAUCCCCAAGAAGAGCUUCGCGGGCGGGAAGGUUUCGCUCCACGACUGCUUCAGCCUCUUCACCAAGGAGGAGGAGCUGGACUCGGAGAACGCGCCCGUGUGCGACAAGUGCCGGCAGCGGACGCGCAGCACCAAGAAGCUCACGAUCCAGCGCUUCCCCCGCGUCCUGGUGCUGCACCUCAACCGCUUCUCCACCACGCGCUACUCCAUCAAGAAGUGCUCCGUCUUCGUCGACUUCCCCCUGCAGCAGCUCAACCUGCGCGAGUUCGCCAGCGAGAAGGCGGGCAGCCCCGUCUACAGCCUGUACGCGCUCUGCAACCACUCGGGCAGCGUGCACUACGGCCACUACACCGCCUUCUGCCGCGACCCCUCGGGCUGGCGGCUCUACAACGACUCCCGCGUGUCGCCCAUCAGCGAGAACCAGGUGCCGUCCAGCGAGGGCUACGUCCUCUUCUACGAGCUCCACGACCCCCCCGGCAGGAGGCCCUGAGCCGCCCCCCCCCCCGGUGCCCCCCCACCCCCGGUCCCGGUCCCGGUCCCGGUCCCGGUCCCCCCCCCCCCGGGCUGGAGGGGGCCGCGGGCGGGCGGGCGGGCGGCUGUACAUAGCCCCGGCUGCCCCGC